CGAGAUGUUACAUGAAUACAGCUGUUUUGAACCAUUUUGCAAACAAGUUGUGAUUUUGAGACCUAGUCCCUCCACAAAAUGGAAACAGCAAGCUCUCCAUGUAAAGUACAUCAGUGUUCUAAGUGUUCGGGGGACACAGAGUACUACUGUGUAUCGUGUCCAUGUGAUCUGUGUCCCCAGUGUAAAGAGAACCAUGUAAAAGAUCUCCAAACGAUAGACCAUGAUGUUGUGUCACACCGUGAUAAAAUUAACUACAUCCCAACUCAAGAAAUUUGUGUGAGACAUCAUAGCCAUGUUUAUAUAAAGUUCUGUGAACCGUGUCAAGUUCCUGUGUGUUACCAUUGCACACAGCAUAGAAAUCACCGACAAUUAGUUAUUACAACAUCCUAUAACACAAAGCGACAACAACACAGAGGAACCAUUCACACCAUCAGAAGUGAGGCUCUCUUUUACAGACCUGUUCUCCUGCCACGAAUCAAAACUGAUUUCAAAACUUGUCGCACAGAAUUCUCUCUCUAUCAUUCAGAGAUGUUAACAAAGGCCCAGACACUGAAGCAUUUCAUUGACUAUAUACAAAACGAUUUCAUGUGUAAUGUGUUCUGUGACUUUGAUUUCAAGCACAGAUGUUUAAAACAGAAGAAAGAAAUGAUCAUACAUAUUGUCAGCCUACAGAGAUAUGUAUACAUAUAUGAACAGAGGAGAGUAAUCAGACCGCUACAAUUCCUCUCCUCCAUAAAGGCAGCCAUCACUCAGAUACAUCCUACACUCCACACCAGCCAGCUCUCCAUGACUGAGUCACUCAAAAAGGAGGAUGUGAUGGAGUCGAUGAGUGCAAUCCAAAUCUCAGAGAGAGGAAACCGACGCAUACAAAACCAGUGUCUGCUGAAACUGAUGUCUGUUCCUAAGUUCCAUCAAUCUCUCACAGUGACAGGUGUUGGUCGUUGUUUUCACAUUUCCUGUGUGACAUCAGACCGGGUCUGGGUCAAUGAUCAUAGAGACAAUCUCAUCUUGACAGACACAUCAGGUGUCCCUCUACAUCGUGUGAAGGGUUCAUGGAAUGGUUUAUAUGAAAGAUUCCACACAGUGAACAGUGAGAAUGAACUGAUUUAUAUAGAUAGUAAUUGUAACAUCAACAAACUGUCAAAGGAUAUGAAAACAACCACCACAUUUAUAGAGAGAACUACAUGGAGACCACGGUGUGUGUACUGGUCCCCGUCCACUGGGGAUCUACUGGUCGGAAUGCUUUUUAUGUAUACAAGGACAGGCAAGGUAACCCGGUACAACCAGAGUGGACAACUUACACAAACCAUACAGCACGACAACACAGGACGGGGACUGUAUAGACAACCUUUCUAUAUAACAGAGAACAACAAUGGGGAUAUCGUGGUGUCUGACUAUAUCUUUUUCUCUAUGUCUGGUGUUGUAUCGGUGACAGAGCGUGGUGGAAGACAUCGUUUCUGCUACAGAGGACCUCCACCAGGACGACUAAAGCCAUUGGGAAUCUGUACUGACGCGCUGUCACACAUCCUGGUGUGUGAUGGUGCAACCAAAACAGUACAGAUGUUGGACAAGGACGGUCAGUUCCUGUCACAUCUACUAACAAAAUCACAAGAGAUGGGUGGACCAUGCAGCCUGAGAUAUGAUGUCAACACUCACCGUCUGUGGGUCGGAUCAGAGGACAACAACAAGGUGUGUUUCUACAGGUAUAUUACCAGACAGGACGCUCUGACAGAUAAAUGUCAUGUGAUUGAGUCACUGAGUGGAAUCCCAACCCCAGGGACAGAAAAACCACAUCACGGAAACAAGUGUCUACUGAAACUGAUGUCUCCCCCCGAGUUACUUCACUCUCUCACAGUGACAGGUGUUGAUCGUUGUUUUCACAUUUCCUUUGUGACAUCAGACCGGGUCUGGGUCAAUGAUCAUAGAGACAAUCUCAUCUUGACAGACACAUCAGGUGUCCCUCUACAUCGUGUGGAGGAUUCAUGUUGUUAUUUACGUGGAGGAUUCCACACAGUGAACAGUGAGAGUGAACUGGUUUAUAUAGAUAGGAAUUAUAACAUCAACAAACUGUCAAAGGAUAUGAAAACAACAACCACAUUUAUAGAGAGAACAUACUCUACAUGGGAACCACGGUGUGUGUAUUGGUCCCCGUCCACUGGGGAUCUACUGGUCGGGAUACGUUAUAUACAUACAAGGACAGGCAAGGUAACCCGGUACAACCAGAGUGGACAACUCACACAAACCAUACAGCACGACAACACAGGACGGGGACUGUAUAGACAACCUCGCUAUAUAACAGAGAACAACAAUGGGGAUGUCGUGGUGUCUGACUUUGAUGAAGAUUAUGAUGAAUUAUAUGGUUAUGCCUAUGGUGAUGACUAUGUGCCUGGUGCUGUAGUGGUGACAGAGCGUGGAGGAAGACAUUGUUUCUCCUACACAGGACCUCCAUCAGGAUCACGACUAAGGCCAAUUGGAAUCUGUACUGACGCGCUGUCACACAUCCUUGUGUGUGAUUAUCAAACCAAAACAGUACAGAUGUUGGACAAGGACGGUCAGUUCCUAUUACAUCUACUGAGAGAAUCACAGGAGAUGCGUGACCUACGGAGCCUGAGUUAUGAUGUCAACACUCACCGUCUCUGGGUCGGAUCAUGGGACAACAAGCUGUGUGUCUACAGGUAUAUCACCAGACAGGACGCUCUGAGAGAUGAACACAGACCCCGUCCUGAUGGGGAGGCCAUGUUUAGCUCAACAUCAGCCGUAGAAUGGAGAUGACUUGGAUAUUGACUGCUUGUAAAUGUUUCUAUAUGAAGAAUGCUCAUGAAUGCAAACAUGGUGGAUUCCUGUCCAUGGUUUUCUAUUUAAAGUUUCCAACACAGUUUAAGGUGGAAUCAGACCAAAUAUUACCUAAAGAGACGGAUACCAGCAUCUUAUUCAUUGCUGUAAUUGACUGUGUGUUUAUAUCUCUACAUAAACGUAUUCAGUGAUGUAACGGACUGUGUGUUUAUAGCUCUACGCAAACUAAUUCACUGAUGUAACGGACUGUGUGUUAAUAGCUCUACACAAACUUAUUCGUUGAUAUCACAUACCUUAUUCAGUGAUGUAACGGACUGUGUGUUUAUAGCUCUACACAAACUUAUUCAUUGAUGUAAUUGACUGUGUUUAUAUAGCUCUACACAAACUUAUUCAGUGAUGUAAUGGACCAUGUGUUUAUAGCACUACGCAAACUUAUUCAGUGAUGUAACGGGCAGUGUGUUUUUUAGCUCCACACAAACUUAUUCAGUGAUGUAACGGACCAUGUGUUUAUAGCUAUACACAGACUUAUUCAGUGAUGUAACGGACUGUGUGUUUAUGGCUCCACACAAACUUAUUUAGUGAUGUAACAGACCAUGUGUUUAUAGCUAUACACAGACUUAUUCCGUGAUGUAACGGACCGUGUGUUAAUUUAUAUCCCCACACAUUUGUGCACAUCAUGUUGUUUUUUUCCCCAAGGAAUCUCACUUAUGAUUCACAUUUGAUGUACAUGUAUGAAAGUUAAUAAAAUAUAUCUAACUA